AUGGCUAACGUAAUCACAAAUAAGGAUUUCAUAGUUGCAACCAAGUAUAAGCUCAUUCGGAAGAUCGGGUCAGGCUCAUUUGGUGACAUUUAUGUAUCGAUUAAUGUCACUAAUGGAGAGGAGGUUGCCAUAAAACUUGAAAGUAACAGAGCUCGUCAUCCGCAGCUGCUUUAUGAAUCGAAAGUAUAUCGCAUCCUCCAGGGAGGUGUUGGAAUUCCUCAUAUUCGUUGGUAA